GUGAGGCAAGCUGGGGGGCCGAUUUUGACAGUCCGGCAGUGGUUUCUGCUCACCGGUUCCGUAGUUCCUGCCGAUACACGAAGUUUCAGGCCACCCCGGCCCAGCGGCUGGGCAGGAUGCGGCUGGGCUCCGGGGCCUUCGCUGCGAGCUGCGUAGCGAUUGAGGUUAUCGGGUUCGCGAUAUUUAUUCGGGGAUUCUUCCCGGCUCCUGUUCGUUCUUCUGCUAGACCAGAGCACGGUGUAGAAACCCCGGCUCCCGAACCAGUAGCAGGAGCCAGUUCGAACUGGACCAAGCUGCCAUCACCUCUCUUCAGUAAAGUUGUUGUUGUGCUGAUAGAUGCCUUAAGAGAUGAUUUUGUGUUUGGGUCAAAAGGUGUGAAGUAUAUGCCUUACACAACUUACCUGGUAGAAAAAGGAGCGUCUCAUAGUUUUGUGGCUGAGGCAAAGCCACCCACAGUUACUAUGCCUCGAAUCAAGGCAUUGAUGACAGGAAGUCUCCCUGGCUUUGUUGACGUCAUCAGGAACCUCAAUUCUCCUGUGCUUCUAGAAGACAAUGUGAUAAGACAGGCAAAAGCUGCUGGGAAAAGAAUGAUCUUUUAUGGAGAUGAAACAUGGCUUAAAUUAUUCCCAAAGCACUUUGUGGAAUAUGAUGGGACAACAUCAUUCUUUGUGUCAGAUUAUAUAGAGGUGGACAAUAAUGUCACAAGACAUUUGGAUAAAGUAUUAAAAAGAGGAGACUGGGAUGUGUUAAUACUUCACUAUCUAGGGCUGGAUCACAUUGGCCACAUUUCUGGGCCCAACAGCCCCCUGAUUGGUCACAAGCUCAGUGAAAUGGACAGUAUCCUGAUGAAGAUUCACACGUCACUGUUGUCGAAGGAAAGAGAGACUCUCUCACCCAGUUUGCUGGUUCUCUGUGGUGACCAUGGGAUGUCUGAGACAGGGAGCCAUGGGGCCUCUUCCACAGAGGAAGUAAGCACACCUCUGAUCUUAAUCAGCUCUGCAUUUGAAAGGAAACCUGGGGAUAUUCGACGCCCCAAGCACGUCCAGCAGACUGACUUGGCUGCAACACUAGCAAUAGGACUUGGUUUGCCGAUUCCUAAAGACAGUGUAGGGAGCCUCUUAUUUCCAGUUAUAGAAGGAAAACCAAUGAGAGAACAACUGAGAUUUUUACACUUAAACACAUUACAGCUUAGCAAACUAUUGCAAGAAAACGUUCCAUCGUAUGAAAAAGAUCCUGGAUUUGAGCAGUUUAAAAUGGCAGAAAGGUUGCACGGGAACUGGGUCAAACUGCACUUGGAAGAAAACCAUUCAGACAUUCUGCUUGGCCUGGGGACCAAAGUACUCAGACAGUACCUGGGUGCCCUGAAGACCCUGAGUCUGGCUCUGAGCACACAAGUGGCUCACUAUGACAUCUACUCCAUGGCUGUAGGGACUGUCAUGGUUUUGGAGGUUCUCACCCUGUUCCUCCUUAGCACUCCACAUGUGCUGUGCAGAAAGGCUGAACUGGAUGUUCCUCUCUUGUCUCCUGUGUUUUCUCUGCUCUUUUAUUUGAUAUUUCUGGUUCUUUCGGCCAUUCAUGUCCUGGUUUGCACCUCAUCUGAGAGCUCAUGCUACCUCUGCAGCCUCCCGUGGCUGGCAGUCGGGGGUGUGAUGGUACUUAUUUCUGCACUGCUCUGUGCAGUUGUGUCUGCCCUUAUCAGGAUGGUCAUCGAUGGCACCCUGCUGAAGAAGAGUGCAGCUUAUCCCAGCUCAGGGUGGUCAGAGGUGGAUGUCCUCCUUCUUCUGGGCACAGUGGGCCAUGUUCUGAGCCUGGGAGCCAGCAGCUUUGUGGAGGAAGAGCAUCAGACCUGGUACUUCCUUGUUAACACUCUGUGCCUGGCUCUGAGCCAGGAAACCUGUAGGAGUUACUUUGUGGGAGAUGACUGUGAACCUCAGCAUCACUUCCGUGUGGAACAAGGAUGUGUGGACAUACUUGCCUGCACCCUGAAGGACAGUACAAGCUAUAAUACCCCUAAGCCUGACAGAACAAGGAAAGGGGUCUCCCUUUCUGAAGCACAAGGAAGCUGCAAAUGGUGGACCGUGCUGGCAAGUCCAUGGCUGGUGCUGGUCUGCUGUCGGCUACUGAGGUCCUUGAACCAGACAGGGGUACAGGGAGCCCAUCGGCCUGACCUCAGCCACUGGCUUACCAGCUCUGACCACAAAGUACAACUCUCAGGCCUGGCUGCCCUUUCUCUGGCUGUGAUCUUCAUGCUGGUUCAAAAGGGGUGCUCCCUUGUGUCCAAGGCAGCCUUAGCACUGGGGCUGCUGGGUGUCUUCUGCUACAGGGCAGCCACUGGAAUUGUACUGUUCCCAUGGCAACCAGACAACAAAGGCAUUUCAAAGGGUAUUAUUGAAGCUCGUUUUGUUUAUGUAUUUGUCCUUGGCAUUCUGUUCACGGGUACCAAAGAUUUACUUAAAGCACAAGUCAUUGCAACAGACUUCAAAACCAAGACUAUAGGUUUGUGGGAGAUACAUAGUGGAUUAGUUCUUCUGGCAGCAUUGCUCUUGAGACCACAUAAUCUUCCAGUGUUAGCAUUUAGUCUCUUGAUUCAGACUGUAAUGACUAAGUUCAUCUGGAAGCCCCUGAGACACGAUGCAGCUGAGAUCACUGUAAUGCAUUAUUGGUUUGGUCAAGCAUUCUUCUAUUUUCAGGGUAACUCAAACAACAUUGCCACCAUUGACAUUUCAGCAGGCUUUGUGGGCUUAGAUACCUACAUGGAAGUUCCAGCCACAUUCCUCACAGUGUUUGGAACAUAUGUGGGGCCUGUGCUCUGGGCCAGCCACCUUGUGCACUUCCUGAGCUCAGAAGAAAGCAAUGGUUCAGCACUGAGCCGCGCUUGCUUCUGCUAUGCCCUGAUCUGUUCCGUCCCAGUUGCCGCAUACAUUGUUCUGGUGACAUCUCUGCGCUAUCACUUAUUCAUAUGGAGUGUAUUUUCUCCAAAGCUUCUCUAUGAAGGAAUGCAUCUGCUCAUCACGGCUGCCCUUUGUGCAGUAUUCACUGCCACAGACCAGACGCGCCACACAAGGGCGUAGGUGGAGACAGAUACUUGGAGCUGAUGUACUUUUCAGUCACUGUUUGCAUCAUGGAUUUGAAUGUCGAAACUGCCUCUAUUCGAGGUCAUUCUGGGGGUGGGGGGAGAUGUGAAGCCUAUGAAAUUAGUGGAUAACUUAAUUUUACUUGGAUUGAAAUUAAAUAGUAGAUUAAUAAAAGACCACUUUAAAUAUUUAA